UCCAGGGUGGUGCACCUCCCUCUCUCGACCCUACCCAGCAUGGAGGCCCUGGGCCGCUGCCUCCUCCUCUUCCUCCUCCUCUUUUCUUCCUCCUUCCUCCCGCGCCCCUCCUCGGCCCUCUCCGACGCCGAAGCCGCUGCCAUCGCCCGCCGCCAGCUCUUGGCCCUCCCUGAGAACGGACAACUUCCCGAUGACUUUGAGUUCGAAAUCGAGAUCGGCAUCCGGAUCUCCAAUCCCCGCCUCCGCAGCUCCUACGUCGCCCUCCAAGCUUGGAAGACCGCCAUCUACUCCGACCCUCACAACUUCACCGCCAACUGGGACGGCCCCGACGUGUGCGGCUACAACGGCAUAUUCUGCUCACCGGCUCCCGACGAUCCCUCGCUCAACGUCGUCGCCGGCGCCGACCUAAAUGGCGCUGACAUCGCCGGGUUCCUCCCGGCGGAGCUCGGCCUCUUGACCGACGUCGCGCUCUUCCACAUCAACUCCAAUCGCUUCUGCGGCAUCAUCCCCAAGAGCUUCUCCCACCUCAAGCUCCUCCAUGAAUUCGACGCCAGCAACAAUCGCUUCGUCGGCCCGUUCCCGGAUGUUGUUCUCGGCCUCCCCUCGCUCAAGUACCUCGACCUUCGUUUCAACAACUUCGAGGGCGCGCUACCGCCGGUGCUCUUCGACAGGGACCUGGACGCAAUCUUUCUGAACAACAACCGGUUCAGUUCUCACAUUCCCAACAACUUCGGCAACUCCAAGGCCUCCGUCAUCGUCCUCGCCAACAACAAGCUCGGCGGGUGUAUCCCGGCCAGCAUCGGGGACAUGGGCGCCACCCUCAACGAGCUCGUCCUUCUCAACAAUGGCCUCGAUGGAUGCUUGCCGCCGGAGAUCGGGUCGUUGGGCAACACGACGGUGGUGGACGUGAGUUGGAACUCCCUCACGGGUGUGCUGUCGAAGAGCUUCGAUGGUCUGACCAAGGUGGAGCAGUUGGAUCUGUCGCAUAACGUCCUCACGGGCGUCGUUCCGGCGGGACUCUGCCGGUUGCCCAGCCUUGCCAACUUCACCUUCUCCUACAACUUCUUCAAGGGUGAGGCCGACGAGUGUGUGCCGACGUCCACCAAGUCCGACGUGGUGUUCGACGACACGAGCAACUGCCUCGCCAGGAGACCGACACAAAAGUCCGGUGAGAUGUGCGCGCCGGUGGUGAGCCGCCCUGUCGACUGCGGUCGCUCCAAAUGCGGAUCAGGUCCCAAGAAACCAUCGCCCAAGCCGGGGAAACCAUCCCCAAAGCCGUCGCCGAAUCCAACUACGCCAUCGCCACCACCCAAGGUUGUCAGCUCCUCGCCUCCACCACCACCACCACAACCUGUUCCUUCACCACCUCCGCCACCACAGGUUGUCAGCUCGCCACCACCGCCACAACAGAGAGGUUCUCCAAUGACACCGGCUCGUCCUCCACCCUCACCACACUCAGAGUCACCGGUAACACGAGUUCACUCACCGCCACCUCCAGCCACGACUCCACCACCCACCCCAACUCACCCAUCGCCACCUCCUCCGGUUUCCUCGUCGCCAUCCCCAGUCCAUUCACCACCGCCACCGGUCCACGCACCACCUCCUCCAGUUCCCUCAUCACCAUCACCGGUCUAUUCACCACCGCCACCGCUCCGUUCUCCACCUCCUCCCGUCUACUCACCACCACCACCACCACCGCCAGUCUCGUCACCCCCACCACCGGUCUAUUCACCACCUCCACCGGUCCGUUCACCGCCGCCACCGGUCCCCUCUCCACCUCCUCCUGCCUACUCACCCCCGCCUCCACCGGCUCAUUCACCACCACCGCCACCUGUUCGCUCUCCACCUCCUCCCGUCUACUCACCACCACCUCCUCCGCCGGUGCUCUCUCCGCCUCCUCCAGUCUAUUCACCACCGCGAGCCGUGUCUCCUCCACCCCCGUCGGUUUCAUCUCAUCCUCCCACCUCCAACUCCUCUCCACCACCGCCGCCUUCUCCCGACUUGGAUAUGCUACCACCCGUGGGCGGAUUAAGCUACGCAUCCCCACCGCCACCCUUGUACCCAGGAUACAAUUAACCAGCGGACCACCCUCGAUGAUCUGCCCGACCACUCACUGGUGACGUGCAUGGGCAUGCAAAAGAGGAGGCGCAACAGAACAGGCAGCGCCAUGUAUUCCCUUCCAUAUCAUAUUCUCCAAUAUGUAAAAGGGUUGCCAAUUCGACAUCAUCUUUUGUUCGCUCGCUCCAACAAUUAUGUGAUUUGAGACUUGUUCGGUGAAUCGAUCGUAGGCGGAGGGUUUUUGACAGUGCCAU